CGGUCCGCCACCAUUUCGCUGCGUAAAGUCUCCUCCCCGCGACCGCUACAUUCUGCGCCGAAACCCAGUCUCUCCCGGUCCGUAUUUUAACUUCUUCCCACAGACUUAGUGGUACCUCGUUGGGUACCGGGAGGCAGUUUGGAUUAUUGGCAUUACGGAUUGAGUGCGAUUUUUCGCGGAUGACGACUCCUUCAACGAGAAUUUAGUAAAAGAAAAUUGGUCGGAAAUUUCAGAAUAUGUGGAGGGGACCCUAAUUUCAGCAUCCUGGAAGUAGAAAGCACAGAAGAUCUGUGUCUCACACCACAGACAGGUGCAGUGUGUAGCCGGGGCAGCACAGAGGAAGGAAGCUCUGGGGAGGAGGCGGUGCGGCAGCGUGCCCCUCCGGCUGUGGAUGUGCUGGGUGGCAACCCCCAGGCUGCACAGAAUGUGGCUGGGGAGUCACCUCGGCAUGCCCCGCAGCCGGUCGCUGCUGCCCCCCGCCCAGUCCCUCCGUUCACCAAUCCGUCCACUGUGCCAUUGCCGGAGAGCAGCGACUCAUCAGUCCCAGGCAUGGAGAGCGCCCCUCCAACCAACUUGCCUGAGACUCUCCCCAUCAGCAGCGACUCCAAGGACAACAUCUCGCAAGAAGUCCCUGCUGAGGAGAGUGUUGUCGGAGUUUCGAGAUCCUUGCCAACAUCCCUCAAUGAGGACUGUAGUUCCUCUGCUGAGAUGCAAAGGCUUCCAGCCUCCCUUUGUCCUCCUCUCACCCCAGAUACACAGAUUGAGAGCACAGUGCAAGAGUUGCAAUACGGGUCACAAACUGAUAAAAAGAACAGCCACUCAAAUAGUCAGACAAACCAGAUUCAGCCACUUACAGAAGGUGCUGGACUUGUGGUUAUUACAGGGACGACAGACAAACAGUCAGUCACAUUGGAAUAUAAAGCAGAGACUGGAACACACGUGGAACUUGGUGGAAAAGAGCACACAGGCGGAAAUAUUCUCCCCCAAUCUCAAAUCUGUUUCACAGCCCCAUCUCCAUCUGUCCCACAAUCAAGUGUUGGUUUCAAAACCCAAGAUUCCACAAAACAUGGGGCUAUGGAGCAGCCCAACAGGGACCCACUUGUCCACACAAAUCAAGGCCAUAUACCUCCGCCAGGUGCUACGGAGCAGACGGGUGGUCACCAGGACUCAAAAUCGUCUCUGCACCUUUUACCCUCAUCUGACGAAAGCGAGAUUAAACAAACUGACAUGUCAAAUACACAACAUAAAAUCAUCAACGAGUUCUCAAACGACGCCGGAGAAUUACAAAAUGCAAAUUCUCUGGAAUCAGUUGAGAUGUCUGAGCAUGUUAAAGAGCUUGUUGACACUCGUCACAAAGAAACACAACCUCCUCCAGCUGAAAUACUUGAGACCCCAAAAUCAGGAGGAUCGCUUCCUGGAUUAUACUCAUCUCCUGGAACAGGAGCCUCGGGGUCCUGCAGCACAGCUGGCAGAGAAUACGGUGACAUCCAGGGGAGCUGCAAUCCCCUUGAAGGAGAACAGGUGGAGAGUACCACGAGGGAAGAACAAAUUGACACGGCCACUUCGUCAUCUGACAUCACGGUGCAGUCAGAGUGCUCUUCCUCACAGGAGAGUUCAUCAAAACUUUCUGCUGCAACCCCUCUGUUUGAUUCAGGCCUAGUUGUCUCACUGCAGGCGGAACAGGUUGUUGAAGCAGAAGCCUCUCAUCCCUCCGACCAAGUCCUCACAUCAGAGACACCCCUGACUGCUGAGCUCGUGCAUUCAGCCAGUACUCAAGAGAUUGUGGUUGUCAGAGAGGAGGCUCAUAUCAGUGGAGACUGGUCUAACAUGCACCUGAAUCAGAGUUACCUCCUACAACGAGAAGACGGCAGUGUCUGUGAAGCUGCCAUUGUUAACGAAUUGAGUUCUGAACUCUCUACUGGAGAGCCUAAGCUGUAUGAAGAAAGUGUUCAGGCAGAUAUUGAGUUACACUCCCAACCUGUGGAAGUGUAUGAGUUCUGCAGCCUGGUUGAGGAGGUUGCUGAGGAAACUGUGUGUGCCAGCAGUAGUGCACACAUGUCUCACUCUCCAGCAUAUGAGGUGAACUUGUUCAACGCGUUACUAGAAAACUCUGAAGAGUAUACUGUCAAAGAAGACCUAGAGGCGCAUGUUGAAACGUCUAUUCACACAAUUAAUGAAGGUGACACUGUUAUUAUUUCCCAGCAGCCCUUGCCUUCAUCACUUGAUGUAAAUCAGGCUUGCUCUAACAGUAAUUCCCAUAAUUUGUCCAUGCAAAACACAAGAGUAGCUGCGGUCGGGCAACAUUUGGUUUUAGAUGCUAACCAAGCUGUUGAAGUGGCAAACUCAAGUGAGGUUUGUUUAGUUGAAGUAGCUGCAGUCACAUCUGACUCAUUUACUGUUCAGCAGACAGACACCAGUCUACAAAUUGUGACACCUUGCUCACAGGUUGGUGCAGCAGUUCAGAACCAAACAGAGGUGAGUAAUACCCCUGUAGUUAUAACAGCUCCCCCAAAACAUGAAGCAGAGGCAACAGCUGGUGCGUUAUCACUCAUAUCCCCAGUGGUAACCAGUGAGGAUGUAGGGAUGGAGUCAUCUGUAGCUGUUUCAGUACAUGUUUCUCAUGUAGAAAAUCAGACCCCAGGAGUCACACUUGUAAGCACCUCGAAACCUGCUUUGACAGAGACUCCAUCACAAAGUAUUCAGAAUGUUGCCGUGCCCACGCAAACCAAACCAGGGGCUUUCUGCACCACUCACCCCUCUAGUAUUAUAAAUCCAAAGCUGCUCCUUCUCAGACCAGGAGAAACUCCUCUCCUGAAACACCCACCCUCCCUUUUGGCGCAGGUGUCCAAGCAACAGAAUGCGGCCGGCAAGCUGGCCAAUGCCCACAGCUCUUGGUCUGGCACGGUGUCUGAGGAGUGCCUUCCCCAAACUGUCUCAGCAGCAGACUCUUUAUGUGCGCCUGUGGCUCGUGGCAGCCAGAAAGAUCAGACGCAGUACUCUGUCAAUAAAACUUCUGUGACAGCAGCUCCGCCUGUCAAGGUUCAGCCGCCUGCGAUGAGUGGUAACAUCUCACUUCAACUUGACCCGAGUGUGUCUUUCACCUCCACAACUUCAGCCAGCAAAUCUGACAAAGAGGCCUUAACCAUUAGUAAAGUCGAUAAAGCAGAUCCUGCGUCCCACGAUGUCGUCACCCCACCUACUACGCCUAACAUCCUUUACAUGCUUGCAACAUCGGUGGAAAGGGAAUCUACCAGUCCUAACGACCCCGUCAGCCAGCCUGACUCCCUCUAUGCGGAGGAGGAGAGUGAGGACAUGGAGCAGGAUGACCCGACAGGAGACACAGAGGCUCAGGAGGCCACUUCAGGACAGGUUAGCAGUCCAGAGGAAGGCAGCGAUGAGGAUCCUGACGGAGACAAAACAGAGAGCGAAAUGACCACCUCCAGCUCACAACACAAGCAUGGACAGGGCAGGACAGACAGAAAGGCACUUUUCCUGAAGGUACGCCAGUGGAUAGCAGACAGGGUCACCUCGAAUUCAUCUCCUGUCUCACCCUCCACCUCGUCCUACCCUGGGCCCUCACCCAGCAGUGAUUGGUCCACCCCACGGCGGGAGAGGUCCUCGCCUCUUCGGGGUCCUCAUGGGAAGUUUGUGUCUCCUACGUCCAUCUGUGGCUAUAGUUCCUCCUCUUCCCCACCUGAUCAGUCCACCCCUCAGCGCUCCCGUGGAGAACGUCACACAGACAUGGCAGAGCUGGCUAAACACGAAGCAGACAUCGAGCAUCGGACCCAGGCACUAAAGCGAGAGGGCUUCUGGUCAAUGAAGCGUCUCACCCGCCUGACUGAACCGCCACGACCAAAAGUUCACUGGGACUACUUGUGUGAGGAGAUGCAGUGGCUCUCUGCAGACUUCGCACAGGAGAGGCGGUGGAAAAGAGGAGUGGCUAGAAAGGUGGUACGAAUGGUGAUGCGACACCACGAGGAGCUGAGGCAGAAAGAAGAAAAAGCCAAGAGAGACGAGCACGCUAAAAUCAGAAGAGUUGCCUCUUCUAUUGCCAAGGAAGUCCGGGCUUUCUGGAGCAGCGUUGAGAAGGUGGUGCAGUACAAGCAGCAGUCUCGACUGGAGGAAAAGAGGAAAAAGGCGUUGGAUCUUCAGCUGGACUUUAUUGUUGGCCAGACAGAAAAAUACUCGGACCUCCUCAGCAAGUCACUUGCACCCACCAGACCUGCUGAAACCGUCCCUCCGACUCCCCAAAAAACCCCUCCACCUCCUGUUGAUGAGGAUGACAGAGACUUUGAGCCUCCCUGUGAGGAGGAGGAUGAUGAGGAGACCAUAGAGGUGGAGGAGCAGCAGGAGGGCAAUGAUGCUGAGAGCCAUAGGAGAGAGAUUGAACUGCUGAAGGAGGAGGGCAACCUGCCUCUGGACCAAUUACUCAGCACCCUCAAACUGCCACAGGAGUUGGGCUCAGAUGAAGAAUGCUCUGAUGAAACCUCCUCAUCGGUGGAGGAGGAAGAGGAAGAUGGUGAAUUCACUGCCAAUGAAGAGGAUGCUGAGGAUGAGGAGGACACCAUAGCAGCCCAGGAGAAGGUUGAAGGAAAUUUAAAUCAUGAAGAGGAACUGGAUGACUUAGCCAGAGAGGGCGAUAUGAGUGUUGAGGAGCUGCUGGAGAAGUACAAAGGAGCGUAUGCUUCUGACUUUGAGGUUCCUUCUGGAUCUGGCUCCAAAGUGAGCUCUGAUUCGGAGGUGUCUGGGGAUGAGGAGGUGGAGACUGAAGAAGAUGAGAGCGAUGCAGAAAGCAACACUUCCUCCUCAGACUCACCAGGAGACAGUGCAGAGGAUGAAGAGAGUGAGAAAGACGAAGAGGAGAGCGAGGAAGAAGAAGGCGAAGAUGACUGUGGAGAUGAGGGGAUGGAGCUCUUGCUUAAGGAGGGAGACAACAGCCCACCUUCAUCUAGCUCAAGGCCAAAGAAAGAGAUCAGCCACAUUGCUGCAACUGCAGAGAGCCUGCAGCCUAAAGGCUACACAUUGGCAACGACAAAGGUCAAGACCCCCAUCCCAUUCCUGCUUCACGGCACAUUACGAGAAUACCAGCACAUUGGCCUCGACUGGCUGGUCACCAUGUACGAGAAAAAGCUUAAUGGUAUUCUGGCUGAUGAGAUGGGUCUGGGAAAAACCAUCCAGACCAUCGCUCUGCUUGCUCACCUCGCCUGUGAGAAAGGUAAUUGGGGCCCUCACCUCAUCAUCGUCCCCACCAGUGUGAUGUUGAACUGGGAGAUGGAGCUUAAACGCUGGUGUCCUGGCUUUAAAAUCCUCACCUACUUUGGAAGCCAAAAGGAGAGGAAGCUAAAGAGACAGGGCUGGACGAAGCCUAAUGCUUUCCACGUGUGCAUCACUUCAUACAAGUUGGUGCUGCAGGAUCAUCAGGCCUUCCGACGCAAGUCGUGGCGGUACCUGAUCCUUGACGAGGCGCAAAACAUCAAAAACUUCAAGUCCCAGCGCUGGCAAAGCCUGCUGAACUUCAACAGCCACCGGCGCCUGCUGCUGACAGGAACCCCUCUGCAGAACAGCCUGAUGGAGCUGUGGUCUCUGAUGCACUUCCUCAUGCCCCACGUCUUCCAGUCCCAUCGAGAGUUUAAAGAAUGGUUCUCCAACCCGCUGACGGGAAUGAUCGAGGGCAGUCAGGAGUACAACGAAGGGCUGGUCAAGAGGCUGCACAAGGUGCUGAGGCCGUUCCUGCUCAGGAGGAUUAAGAUUGACGUGGAGAAGCAGAUGCCCAAGAAGUACGAGCAUGUGGUGCGCUGUCGCCUCUCCAAGAGACAGCGAUUCCUCUACGAUGACUUCAUGGCACAGGCCUCGACCCGGGAAACACUGGCCAGUGGUCACUUCAUGUCCGUGAUUAACAUCCUAAUGCAGCUCCGCAAAGUGUGCAACCAUCCCAACCUGUUUGACCCUCGACCUGUCCAGUCUCCCUUUAUCACGAAGCCCAUUGUUUUCCAUACAGCCUCCCUGGUGCAGGACGCCCUGGAGGUCUCUCCUUUGAAGCGCUGCGAUCUCUCUAUGUUUGACCUUGUUGGUUUGGAGAGCCGUGGGUCCCGGUACCAGGCGGAUGUCUUCCUGCCGCGCCACAAGGUCAGCCGCCAGCUAAUUCAGGAGAUAGUGGACUUCCCUGAACCCCCUCCAAGACCCAAACCAGUCCGCAUGAAGGUCAACAGGAUGUUCCAGCCGCCUCCUAAAGGUGAUAAUCGCCCGGUCCUCCUGAUGAACAAACCCACCUGCUCUGUGCCACCUGCAGCUCAGACCCCCAAACCUCCUGCAGUCACUGAAGUCACCUCAUCUCCUGCACCUGCUCCUGUAGUUCAGCAAGUGGUGUGUUCAGUGGCAACCGCGGCCCCUCCUCGCCAGCCUGUGCAUCUUACUGCUCAAACUGCAGUGAGAUCCAGCGCGCCAAAGCCAGUGUUGACUGUGCGGCCUCCCACUGCUUCCUGCACAGCCGGCAUACCAACUCAUCCGAGUCCAAACCCAGGCAACAUCAUGCCCCAAAGGGUUCUGCUCAGUCCAGAUAUGCAAGCCAGGCUUCCUUCUGGUGAGGUGGUGAGCAUUGCCCAGCUUGCUUCCUUGGCUGGCCGACCGGUGUCCUCGUGUCAGGGCAGUAAACCCGUCACCUUCCAGCUGCAGGGCAAUAAGCUGACUCUGUCUGGAGCUCAGAUCCACCAAGUCCCAGCAGCUCCUGCACGACAGGUUCAAGGUAAUGUCAUGCACCUGGUGUCCAGCGGGGUGCAGCACCAUCUCAUCAGCCAGCCUGCCCAGGUGGCUGUCCAGAGCGGAACAAACACAUAUCCUGCAAACACAUCGACUGCCCUCCCUGCAAAUCGGUUGCCUCACAAUGCCUCAGCACAAGUAACUCCUUCCAUGGUGAGCAGCACCGGCGUCGUGAAGAUCGUAGUGCGUCAAACAGCAGGCAAGGAGGGCGGGCCUGUGCCCACACUGGCUGUGGCCCCUUCCCCUCGUGUUGCUCCUCAGGCCUCCCCUUCCCCUCACCCUCACGCCAACACCACCCCUGUCAGAAACACUGCUCCACUGCAAAUUGCCCAGCGCACCCCUGGUCCCGCCACUGCCCACUACACCAUUGCACCUCCCGGAAUCCCUAGCUCCACCCCGAACCAGCCCCACCCCCCUCGUCCUGUCCUCAAAGUAGUGCAGCCUCCUCCAUCGAGCACAGAGCAGCCAGCUCCAGUUCAGAUUGCCUCUUCAUCCUCUGCGCCAAAGUCUUCAAUAGCACCACGUGACGGCAGCAGCAGUAAUCAAACACCAGUUACCACCAAGUCCAGACCCAGUACAGGAGCGAAGACCUGCCCUCCACCCAGGAAAGUGCCUCGUCCACCUCCUCGCUCUCCUUUCCACAUGUCAUGGCUUGCAGAUAGCCUCAAACAGCAGCGCGACAGCAAACUGGACUUCAUCUUUCGAGUCAACGAGCGCCACUGUAGUGCAAAGCCCAUGUAUGGACGGGAGGUUUUAGACUUUCUGACUUUUCUCCCUGGUCCUCGUCCCAACCCGGCUGCCCUGAAGUCUGAGGGGGAGUGGGGUCGCUCAGGUCAGAGCAGCUGUCUGUUUGCACAGUGGCAAAACAAAUAUGAUUACUGGUUCGAGAGUCAUGCUGUGAGGGGGGCCAUCCACAGCAUUGAAGACAGGCUGGAGCUGCUAAGUGACAUCAUAGACAGGUUUACAUUUGCGAUUCCCCCAGUGGAGGCUCCUCCAAUCUCCAUGCACUGCUGCCACCCUCCUCCCUCUCUGAGCCACAAGCAGGCAGCGUUCUCCUCCCAGCUGGCAACUCAAGUAGCUCCACUUUCUCGCAGUCUCCAUCGCAUCCAGUGUUACAUGAGGACCCAGUUCCCGGACCUGAGGCUCAUACAGUAUGAUUGUGGUAAGCUGCAGACUCUACACACUUUGCUGCGAAAGCUGAAGACAGGAGGCCACAGAGUGUUGAUCUUCACUCAGAUGACGCGUAUGUUAGAUGUGCUGGAGCAGUUCCUCAACUACCACGGACACAUCUACCUCCGUCUGGAUGGCAGCACCCGUGUGGAGCAGAGACAGUCUCUCAUGGAGCGCUUCAAUGCAGAUCGGCGUAUUUUCUGCUUCAUUUUAUCGACUCGCAGCGGAGGUGUCGGGGUGAACCUGACUGGAGCCGACACAGUCGUGUUCUACGACAGCGACUGGAAUCCCACCAUGGACGCCCAGGCACAGGACCGUUGCCACAGAAUUGGCCAGACCAGAGAUGUCCACAUCUACAGGCUGAUCAGUGAGCGCACGGUGGAGGAGAACAUUUUAAAGAAAGCCAAUCAGAAGAGGAUGCUGGGAGAUAUGGCUAUCGAAGGAGGAAACUUCACCACUGCCUUCUUCAAACAGCAAACCAUCCGGGAGCUGUUUGAUAUGAAUGAGGGGGAGAAGAGAGAGAUGGCAGUGGAGCUGUCGGUGCCCCAACCCGAGGAGGAGGAGGCUGUCAACAAACAGAGCACCACCAUCCUGGAGCAGGCUCUGUGUCGUGCCGAGGAUGAGGAGGACAUAGUCGCAGCCUCUCAGGCCAAAGCAGAGCAGGUGGCAGAACUGGCAGAAUUCAACGAGAACAUACCACUGGAUGACGGAGGGGAACAAGAGGAAGUAGAGGAGCUUUCCAAGGCUGAGCAGGAAAUAGCAGCUCUGGUGGAGCAGCUCACACCCAUUGAACGCUAUGCCAUGAACUUCCUUGAAGCCUCGUUAGAAGAUGUUUGCAAAGAGGAACUGAAGCAGGCUGAGGAGCAAGUCGAGGCUGCCAGAAAGGGCCUGGACCAGGCCAAGGAGGAGGGCCUAAAGCUUCAUGCUUCAUCUGAUGAAGACGACGAUGACUUCUUGUCACCAGCUUCUGUUGAGCCCGCUCAGUCAGCUCCAGCUCGCCGUGGCCGCAAACCCAAGGACAAAGACAAGAUUGUGACCUCUACAAGGACUAGUGGGCGGCUGCGUGGUGCCUCGCCCGAAACAGAGACUGAGCCCACCACCCCUAGAGAAGUGCCUGAAAGACUCCGCUUUGGUCUGAGAGGACGAGGAGCUGCCAAAGACACCAGUGCUGUGUCUACCACCCCGUCCCGCACAGACCAGCAAAAAACUUCUUCAUCAACCAGAGUUCAAGAUUCCUCCAAAUCCUCAAAAGCUUCAUCUCCUGCCAGAGAUCACCAGGCCACCAAAACCAGGACUUUACCAAACCGCUCCCAUCCUAGUCCAGUGCCUUCCCCUCCUACAACCUCCCCUCAAGGAGGGAAACAAGAGACUGACAGCAAGAACUCCAAAGCAGAGGGGGAGAAUGAGAGGAGGGUGUCUGAGUCAUCACUAGAUUCCAGCUGCGCAGUGGACCAUCAGGCAAAAGACGAUGACAGCAAAGACCACAGCGCCAUGUCUCCCCCCUCCACCAGCUCCAGAUCGCCUCGCAAGCGUCAGUCAGCAGACGGUGAAGUCCUGCGGGGUCUGGUUGAAGACUCUCCAUCGGCCAAAGUCCUUCGUAAGCUUCCAGGGAGGCUGGUCACGGUGGUGGAGGAGAAGGAGCCAAGAAGGAGGCGGCAGCGAGGAAGCGGCACUGGAGGUGGAGCUUCUUCAGAGGAGGCAACUGUGGAAGAAAACACGGGUGGAUUUGUCGACGAACCAAACAAAGACGGCGCAUCACCGAGCCCUGACAGUAAAACUAAGGCGAUCGUUACCAAAUCUCCUCAGGACCCAGAGUCUACUCCCAGUCCGCCUGUGCAGCCACAGCCUGUCAGAAGUUAUCCUCCAUAUUCCCCACCCCAUCUUUCUCCUGACAUGCCUGUGCUGAGAAAUCUUCCUGUUCGGCGGAGGUUGGAAACUGAAUCUCGCAUGGCUGCUCAGCUGGGAGAACAGCCGCAUCAUCUGGGCAGAGGAAGGGGAGGAAACCAGUCAAAGAAAACCGAUGUAAUACCCGGCAAAGACACCACUUCAACCUCUACAGACUCCAGUGUGAAUUCUCUUGUGGCACCUGUGAAAAGAAAGAGGGGCCGGCCCCCAAAGACUCCACCUAGGUUACCUGAGACUGACAACACACAGCCCACCUCGCCAAAUGAGGAAGGGAACCCUCCUCUCUCCCCAAAACGUAAGAGAGGUCGUCCUCGCAAAGACACCUCAAACUUGCCAGAAAGUGAAGGACACAACUCUAAAAAUGAGACCACCACUACUCAUUUAUCUGUUCAAAGAAAAACUGAUGCUAUCUCAGAGCCAACAGUCUCCUCUCCUGACUUGUCGGAGACCCCCUUAGCUGCUGUUAUCACUACAAGUCAGGCCUCCCUCGCGACCAAAGCUGAGGGAACGGACACUAAGACUGAGGUUUCAGCUCCUAGUCCAGCUCAAGCCUCCACAAAAACAGAUCAACCCUGUACACCAGUCACUCCCACUGCAGCGCUUCCUGUUGUUGCCUCCACAUCAACCUCAGCCCAAGUGAUUAGUUCAACUCCAGCAACCAUUCAAAGCCUCGACACGGCAUCAACCCAGGUUUCCUCUGCAUCCUCUGUCACACCCUCCACAUCUACCACUACCCCAGUCACUACAACCCCCACUACCCCCACUACCACAACCCCAGUGCUACCUGCCUCCACUGUUGCAUCAACUAUUCCAGAUAUAAAACGAGCACCUGUGGUUUCCGCAGCUUCUAAACCUCAUGCUGAGCCAACACCAACAGUUUCUGUAAAAACAACAGGACCAGACCCUGCCAGAACCACCACAGUUGCCACAACAGCUGCUAACGCUCCGACCACUGUGUCGACACCCACUAUCAUGGCUGUCAAAACAGCUCCAACAUCAGACCCUGCCGCAAAGACCACAACAACAACUGACGUAAUAUCAAAGACUGGAAGUGUUACACCAGCACACACCACCACAGUUAAAUCAGUCCCAACUAAACCUACUGCUCUACCACAGGCCUCUUCAGUGUCAUCUUCAAAGUCUACCCCAGCUACAGCAACUCCUGCCCCAACUACAGUAACGUCUGCCCCAGCUACAGCAACUUCUACCCCAGCUACAGUAACUUCUGCCCCAACUACAGUAACUUCUGCCCCAGCUACAGUAACUUCUGCCCCAGCUACUAUAACUUCUGCCCCAGCCACAGUAACUUCUGCUCCAGCCAUUGUAACGUCUGCCCUAGCAACAGUACCUUCUGUCCCAGCUACAGUAUCUUCUGUCCCAGCUACAGUAUCUUCUGUCCCAGCUACAGUAACUACAGUAACCUCUGCCCCAGCUACAGUAACUUCGCCCCCUGCUGCCACUCAAAAGGUUUCAGCUGCAGACACUAGCCCACCCACAGCUUUACCAAAACCAACCUCUAGGUCCACAUCUACAGCUGCAACUGUGACUAGUCCAUCAAAAUUAAGCACAGUUCCCACUGCAAGUUCGACAGUGUCUGAAAAAUAUUCUACAACACCACCAGUAGCAACAGUCUCAUCAUCUCCUGCAAAUACGGUUCAGUCUUCUCCAGCCCAAGCAAGGACUAAUGUGACAUCUGCCAAAGUCCAAACCAAACCAGUCUCAGCAUCACCGACAACGGUUCAAGCGACUACCAAGGCAAAAGUCACAAGUGCUUCAGUGGCUUCAGCAAAACCUGUCCCAGUCUGCACUCCUUCCCCUUCUACAACAUCUGCAAGUGUAACUACUGCUGUCAAGGCAACGACAGUUACUGUAACUGCAUCAUCUCCAACGGAGGUCGUCAAAGUAACAGCCCCUGCUGGAGCAGCCCCUUCAAACUCUUCAACUCCCACUUCCAAAACUGCAGAGAGGACUGCCAAGAUCCCACCCCCAGUAACAGCUUCCACCACUGCUACACCAGCUCCAUCACCAACAGUCACCACAUCAUCGUCAUCAUCGCCAGGAAAAUCCAUUACAGUAACAGCUACCCAAGUAUCAACGACCAAAGUCACCCCUGUGUCAGUCGCAGCAACCACAGUUCCUCUUGUGUCCACAACACAAACAUCUGCAGUCAUUUCCCAGCAUGCAUCAAGCUCUGCAUCCACAGAUGUAUCCCCAGAGGUUUCCACAUCAGCUAAGGUAUCCACAUCUGCUUCUUCUACCGUUUCAUCUGAGAAGCCAUCUGUAGAGUCUUCGAGUGUUUCAUCUGAGAAGCCAUCUGUAGAGUCUUCGAGUGUUUCAUCUGAGAAGCCAUCUGUAGAGUCUUCGAGUGUUUCAUCUGAGAAGCCAUCUGUAGAGUCGUCAAGUGAUUCAUCUGAGAAGCCAUCUGUAGAGUCUUCGAGAGUUUCCUCUGACAAGCCCUCUGUAGAGACUUCUAGUACUUCAUCUGACAAGCCCUCUUUACAACCAACUCAGAAAGAAUCUAAAAGUGAGCAGGACAGUGCGAAAAAAAUGGAGGUAGAUGCCGUGGAUGCUGAGGCAAGGACUAGCAAGGAUGGUGACAAAAAGCAAGAUAUUUGUAAGUCUCAGCCUAAAAGGAGAAAGGUGGAGGCUUCCUCUGAGACCAAAGAGUCAGAAAGGGAAGUUACAGAUGGCGAAACGAAGGCGACAACUGCCCCUAAGAAAGACGAACCUCAGCAGCAGGAGCAAAUUAUCGAAGAUCAGAAAACUCCAAUCCAGAAAAGGCCUCUUAGUCGCCAGAGUAGCCAGGAGUCCACUUGCUCCUCUUCGCCAUCAUCUGGGGGCUCUACAUCCACCCUCACUCGCCAUGCUCACCAUAAGAGGACUUACGAAAAUAGACAUCCAUCCAAGAAGAGGCGAACAGACGUCACCUCAGAAGCAGGGAUGGAGGAUAAAACUGAAGAGGGUGAGGAGAAGAUGGAGGAAGGCGGCGAGAAGGAGCUCACCACCCCUACCUCUCGAAGAAGGCGUUCCAGGUCUCCCUCUUCCUCUUCGGACUCUGACAACAGUGAGAGUAGAAAGGAGCACCGGUUGACCCGCUCGGGGAAGCACAGGAUACAAGAUCAGGAGAGGGAAAAGGGCAACAGCCAGCAGGGAAAGAAACGUGCACACAGCUCUGACAGAAACACAUCAAACAAUGCCAACACCUCCACAGGUGGAGAGUCUGGCAGUGACACGUCUUCUAUCAGGGUCACCAGGAAGUCUGCAGGAUCUCAGCCUUCACAAGACAGUAAAGCUCAAUCAAACAGCGCGCCCUCAUUGCCUCCUGAGCCCGAAGUUCUUGGGAAGAGGUGCUCGGCACUUAACGCAGCAGCUAAGCUCCUGGCAAUGAAAGGCAGGGUGGAUACUCCUGGCCACACCCCUCGUAAAGACUUGGGGGCUAAAGCCGCCGGGUCUUCCCCGGCCUCCUCUUCGGACAAGAAUCAAAAGCCUAAAAGCAAAAGUGUGCCAGCAACCCCUCAGAGUAACUCUGUAAAUCUUACUAAUAAUAAAAGCAGUAGCAGCAAACUCUUAACACCGAAUCAGAUGAGCCGCUCUGCUUCUCGCUCUACCAGACAGUGCCCCGGUUCUCUGGUUCCACCCCUGGAAAUGGAGUACAAGCGGUCUAAAGUAGAGGAAAAGGAGAGGGGAUGCAGGAAAUCGACAGGGGCGAAGGAGGGCGAUGCGGAGGCGCAGUCGUCAUCCAGGGGCCACAGUGCCUGCAGCAGCAUGAGCAGCGACGGCGAGGGCGACGGUGGCGGACGCAGCAGCAGAAGCCGCAGCAGCAGCAACAGCAGCCAGCGUACCCACAGCAUCAGCUCUCAAAACACAGAGCACAGAGAGUCCCGUGCUGCUUCCUCUGGCAGCGAGCGCAGUUCAGAGCGAGCCAAGAGCAGAGACAAAAGAGAGAAGCAGGGCCAGCAAAGGGAGAGUCGGCCGGACAGCAGGAGGUCUCAGAGGCUCUCGCAGGAGGUGACCAGCAGUUCAGGAACAGAGGGGACACCAGACAGGGUGCUGCGUAGUGUCGCAGCGCUCGCAGCAGUGCAGGCCCGGUCACCGGCCGCCAGCACCCGCUCAUCUGCCACACAACAGCGUCAUAACAAGACAUGAUCAGAGUGCCAAAGGGAAAAAACAGAAGCAAGAGCGUUGUGGCAGAGCACGAUACGAGAGCAUGUCAUGACCUCCAAGGUUGCUGCUUUGUCUGCACUCUAAUGAAUGCAAGGGAACUGAGUGCUACAAGUCAGGGACCUCCCUGCCUCUUGGGCCCUCUCCCUUUCCAUUUGGAGCUGGUCCCACCUCACCAGCUCAGCCAUUGUCAGCUGGGGGAAGGCUCAGGGAUGCCAGACUGAGAGUUAAAAAAAAAAGAAAAAGUGGCGCCUCCAUUGUGCGUCCGUAAACAGACGAGAGAUGGUACAGUGGAUAAAAUCACCACUGGGACUUGAGGGGGACAAAAGGUGCAAGAGGUAAUAAAUGAAAGUUGUUAGUUCACAUAAUGUACUGUAAUCAUUAAAGACUGGAACACUCAGAUCUUAUGUGUUAAGAUGGGAUUAUACAGCACCCUCUUAUUAGGGUUAUAAAUGAAAAGUCAUUUGUGUGACAUUAAAAACUUUUGAGUGACCAGUUGUAUUGUAAGUUGGAGGUUUUAGAAAGUUUGGUUUUGAAAAUUUCGUCAGCUGUCCUGACUAUUAUUUCUUUGUAGUCAGUUGAUAAGUUAUGCAUAUUUUAUUAUUUCUUCCAGGGUAUUAGGAAGAGAACUGAUCUGUCAAUGUGAUCUUUGCUGCACUAUGCUGGAGCUUGUCUUUGCUUGGGCCCCUUUUUUUCCCACGUCAACUUCUGUUCAGUGGAUUCACUUUUAAAUCCAGCCUUGCAUUUCUCAUUUGCACAUCUGAUAAUGUGGCCCUCGGCUUUCGAGAACAUUGUGGUGUAGUAAUAAGUUCUUACAUCAAUUUUAGUGAAUUAAUUGGUUCCUGGUACCUCACGAUGUAUCUCUACAGUUUGAAAAUACAUUAAUUAAAAUUGCAAACCGUCUCGACAACAUCUUUUGCUCCUCACCACAGACCUGGAGCAGGGAAAAUAAAAUCCAAUUUCUUUUUCAUAAUCUGCCCAAAGGCAGUUAUUGUUCCGGUCCGCUUUGUCAUGUAUUUAUAUCGAAAGGGCAGGUUAAUGUUAUUGAAAUUAAGAGUGCCUCUUUGGCCAAAUGGGUUUGAACCUCCGAUUGCCUUGUGAAGCACCUGAAGCAGGGGUCUUCGUUAUUUAAAAAAGAAAAAAAAAAAAAAAAAGCCAAACAAAACAGAAAAAAAAGAUAAAGCCUCCCCAGAAAAGCACCCUGUGCAUCAGUGCAACCAAAUUAAUGUUUUUUUUAUUUUUCACCUGAUUUUUGUUUUGUUUUGUUUUUCUGUUUUUGUCACCAUCACUUCAUUGCUCUUUGUUCAUGUAAAAAAGAAAAAAAAAAUACUUGGACAAAAUAUGUGAAUAAAAUUACUGGUACAGUUCCA